AUGGAUUUUCAUAAUAGUGCUCACCAAGAUUCUGGAGAAGCAAAUGAAAAACAGCAAAUUUUGCAAAAUGAAGGAAAGAAAAACUCAAACAAAAGAGUUUCAUCAAACAUAUCUUCAUCCUCUGCAUCAUCGUCCGAGUCACCAUCAUCAGAAAUGGAGCUGCAGUCGUCUGAUAUGAAUACAAGUCAACUGUACUCAAUGUCCAGUGGCUCGUCAGGCUAUUCAGACGUGCAAAGUUUUUUGACGGAAGCCGGAGGGUCCGGGGAUGAUAUUGCUGAUAAAAAUGACAACUGUAUUCAACUUAUCAAUGGACUCGUCACGAUGUCAAUGGCAGAAGCAAAACUAUGGUACAAGUUUUUGAAAGUGGGAACAGAAAUGAUUAUCAAUAGAAACGGAAGGAGGAUGUUUCCAUACGUCGAAUUUUACUUAAGAGGCCUUGAUCCUUUUGGAUUAUAUGACGUCAUUUUUGACAUCAUACCCGCCAGCAAGAAAAGCUUCAAGUUUCUGAACAAUAAAUGGGUUCCAAUCUCGAGAAAGGAAGAAGAAUAUAAGAAUCAACCCUUCAAACACCAGGACUCUCCUCGGAUUGGAUCGGAGUGGAUGACUCGAAAGAUUUCCUUUGAAAAGAUGAAAUUGACAAACAAACCAAGCACCAAGGCUGGGAUUUUUACGCUACAUACAUUUCAAAAAUACUUGGUUCGCAUUUCCUUGGUAAAACUUGAAAAAAAUGAUGAGCUCUCCGUUGUUGAGUUUCCUAUCCAGGCCACAACUUUCAUAGCAGUUACUGCUUACAACAACAAAGACGUGACUGUGCUGAAGAUUAACAGCAAUCCGUAUUCAAAAGGAUUUCGUUUUCCGGUGAAAAGACUAACAAAAACAGCCCUUGAACAAAUUGAUUCUGAAGAAUUAAGAAUGAUGGCACGUGAGGAUGGCAAGAAAGGUUCAGUGAAUAAUCCUAUCAGAAGGGAGAUCCAAGCUUCUACACAGUAG